AUGUCGGUAAUUUUGUGUGCGGGAGCCGCCAUUUUUGAGGUGUUGCUGGCCAUCUUUGUCGUGCUCACCUAUCUGGGAAUCUAUUUAUGUCUGAAACGAGUGGCGACACCCCAUAAGAUGACCAUGAAGGAGCGCUACCAGCUGCACUCAUCCGACCUUUUCUACGCCUGGGAAGACCCGAUGCGAUGUCUGGGUCUAUAUGGCCGUUCUCACUUCUUUCUGAUCCUUGUCACCUUAUUCCUCCAGAUCAACAGCUACCUAUCAUCAUCGGACUUCUUCCUCGACCAGCUCCAUCGCGUUGGUCCCGACCUGCCACUUCACUAUCGGAAGAUUGUAACCGUCGCCACACCUCUACUAUUCUGGAUGUUCUACAUAGGCCGUACGUUUUGCUGCUUUUCGAUGCUCGGCAUGCCCGUACUUAUUGGAGGUCAGAUCCACGCCCUGAAGACUCAGCCAAGAAUGCAGAAGCGACGCUCGUCCCUCAGUGAAGUCGCCGAGCAGCACUUUGAUAAGAACACAAUCAUUCUGGCGGUCAAUCUGAUUAUCCUGAUGGUGUUGAUGGGUCUUCUCUAUAUGGUGGCUACUUCUGCAAUGGCUGCUCGCGGUCGGGACGAGAUG